UUAAAUACUGCUGUGUUAAAGACGUCGAUUUUACAAAGAAAAAACAAGAAGAAGAAGAACAUUUAUCUCUUAUCUUUUCCUACAAAUUAUUCUACAAGGGGCUCUUUAUCCAAAAGUUGGACUAACACAAGGUACAAAACUUCUGUGUGGACUUGUUGUAAAAAAAUGGAGAUUGUUAAAGAGGAGAUUGAAGACAUAAGUGUUUCAGAUCCAUGCCAACUGAACAUUGAAGAUACUAAGGAACAAACAGGUAUGAUGGAACUGAAAGAUGAAAGUGAUGAACUGAAUGGACUGGAGGAGACACAUCAGUAUCAGAAACCUCAUCAUUUCAAACUGGAAGAAAUAUCUUCUGAUUGCUCGGAGAUGCAAAAUACUUCUUCAAAAACAAGGCAAAGCAUGAAAACAAGAGAAUCUUUCACUUGCCCUCAUUGUGAAGAGGGCUUUGCUUCAAAAAGAGACUUUGAGCUGCACAUAAGAGUCCACACUGGAGAAGAGAUUUUCACCUGCCCUCAGUGUGGAAAACAGUUUGCAUACAAAGACAGACUUGCAAAGCACAUAAGAACUCACAUUGAAGAGCGCCCGUUCUCAUGUCUUCAGUGUGGAAAGAGUUUUAAACGAAAGUGUACACUUAAUACCCACAUGAUAAUUCACACCGGAGAGCGGCCAUACCCGUGUCCUCAGUGUGGAAAGAGUUUUAAACAAAGUGGUGCGCUUAAUGGACACAUGAGCCUUCACACCGGAGAGCGGCCGUAUAAAUGUCCUCACUGUGGCAAGAGUUUUAGACAAACAGGUGCGCUUAACACCCACAUGAAAAUUCACACUGGAGUGCGCCCACAUAAAUGUCCUCAGUGUGGCCAGAGUUUUAGACAAACAGGUGCGCUUAACACCCACAUGAAAAUUCAUGCUGGAGAGCGUCCACAUAAAUGUCCUGAGUGUGGAAAGAGUUUUAAACAGAGUAGAAUGCUUAAAAGACACAUGACAAUUCACUCAGGAGAGCGCCCAUACAAGUGUGUUCAGUGUGGAAAGAGUUUUAGACAGAAUGAUGCGCUAAAUUACCACUUGACAAUUCACUCUGGAGAGCGCCCACAUAAAUGUCCUGAGUGUGGAAAGAGUUUCGGACUGAGUAGAGUGCUUAAAAGACACAUGAUCAUUCACACUGGAGAGCGUCCAUACACGUGUGUUCAGUGUGGACAGAGUUUUAGACAUUGUGAUGCGCUAAAUAACCACAUGACAAUUCACUCUGGAGAGCGCCCACAUAAAUGUCCUGAGUGUGGAAAGAGUUUCGGACUGAUUACAAUGCUUAAAAGACACAUGAUCAUUCACACUGGAGGUCGCCCAUACCCGUGUGUUCAGUGUGGAAAGAGUUUUAAACAAAGUGGUGCGCUUAAUGAACACAUGACAAUUCACACUGGAGAGCGGCCGUAUAAAUGUCCUCAGUGUAACCAGAGGUUUAGACAGACGGGUACGCUUAAUAUCCACAUGACAAUUCACUCUGGAGAGCGUCCACAUAAAUGUCCUGAGUGUGGAAAGAGUUUCGGACUGAGCAGAAUGCUUAAAAGACACUUGAUCAUUCACUCAGGAGAGCGCCCAUACACGUGUGUUCAGUGUGGAAAGAGUUUUAGACAGAAUAGUGCGCUUAAUACCCACAUGACAAUUCACUCUGGAGAGCGCCCACAUAAAUGUCCUGAGUGUGGAAAGAGUUUCGGACUGAGUAGAAUGCUUAAAAGACACAUGAUCAUUCACACUGGAGAGCGCCCAUACACGUGUGUUCAGUGUGGACAGAGUUUUAGCAAAUGUCCUGAGUGUGGAAAGAGUUUCGGACUGAGUAGAAUGCUUAAAAGACACAUGAUCAUUCACACUGGAGAGCGCCCAUACACGUGUGUUCAGUGUGGACAGAGUUUUAGACAGUGUGAUUCAUUAAAUAACCACAUGACAAUUCACUCUGGAGAGCGCCCACAUAAAUGUCCUGAGUGUGGAAAGAGUUUCGGACUGAGUACAAUGCUUAAAAGACACAUGAACAUUCACACUGUAGAGCGCCCAUACACGUGUGUUCAGUGUGGAAAGAGUUUUAAACAAAGUGGUGCGCUUAAAACUCACAUGACAAUUCACACUGGAGAGCGUCCACAUAAAUGUUCUGAGUGUGGAAAGAGUUUUAGACUGAGUAGAAUACUUAAAAGACACAUGACAAUUCACUCAGGAGAGCGCCCAUACAAGUGUGUUCAGUGUGGAAAGAGUUUUAAACUGAGUGGUGGGCUAAGUACUCACAUGAGAAUUCACUAUAGAGAGAGCCCAAACACAGCUUCAGUGUAAGAAGAUCGCCCAAUUUGACUCAGACGUCACACCCAAGGACCGUUCAUUCAAAGCCAUCAUGGUUCCCAAACCUUCAACAUGUGCUCACAUUCUGGAGAAAGUCUGUUUAUCUGUUAUGAGUGGUCAAACAUGUAUUUUUAAAUAAACACAGAGAAAACCAUUCAAAUGUAAA